AUGGGUGCUGUCUAUCCAUACGGGCAGCUGGUUCGGGCUGCGGCCCGGACCCCCGUCUCGUUCGUUCCGCGGCGGACAUUGACCUCGACACCGAUCUAUCGCGCCCAGGAUGACAAUCAAAAACCCGGAUUCUUGUCGUCUUUUAGCGAUUGGUUUGCCAAGAAAAAGGAGGCUGCGGCAUCCGAGAAGCAGAAGGAAGCUACAGAGAAGGGUUGGGCUGUCGGUGGAUCUGGAGCAAAGCCCAAGUCCGCCCACACACCGGCCGCCCCCAAGCGCGAGGAAGGUGGUCUGGGUGCUAGCUCCAUUUUCGCCGACGAUAUAGGCUCAUCCGGACCCAAGCCCAGCCGCAAGAAGGAGCAGCUCCAAGAACAACAGCAAGCAGGACAGGAGGCGCCUGUACCUUUGGAGCAACGCAACAAGGACCGCAUGCAGCUGGCCUUGAACCCCAACCCUAAGGCCCAGCUCCGAUGGGAGACCAAGAUGGUCACCCGUGAGAUCCGGAAACGCGGCCGCGUCCCAAAGGCCGUCCAAAUCCAGCGCACCGAGCGCGAAUCCCUAUCGAAGUCACACUGGUUCAAGACCUCAGUCAAGAAGCUGGGCCCACUUGCCCGGCAGAUCGCGGGCAAGAACAUCGACGAGGCCAUCCUGCAAAUGCGCUUCAGCAAGAAGAAGGCUGCCAAGGACGUGCUGGAACAUCUGGAGCACGCGAAGAACGUCGCCAUGGUCCGUGCCGGCAUGGGCCUCGCAGCUCAGGAGGGCGAGAAGUCGGAGCGCCCCAAGCCCAUCACUGUUACCUUCAAGGACGGCGAGCGCAAGAAGAUCACCGACCCGACAUCCAUCUACAUCCAGCAAGCGUGGGUCAACCGCGGUCCGUACGGAUUUGGCAUGGACCACCGUGCUCGUGGCCAAAUCAACCGGCUCCGUCCCCCGGCCACUGGCCUGUCGGUGUUGUUGAAGGAGGAGAAGACUCGCAUCCGCGAGUGGCAGGACCGUGAAGCCGAUGCGCUGCGGAAGCGGAAAUCCCAGCUCUGGACUCAGCUGCCGGACCGGAAGAUUUCUGCUCAAAACCAGUACUACAGCUGGUAA